AUGCCACGACCUGAGGGACGGAGGUGCCUCGUGACAUCUGCAAGUGGCAUAACUGUGAGCCGUCUACGUUCUGGGAGCCUCCUGCAUAGAUUUCAGUCUGCACUUCCUUCCGGCUCUCAGGACACUGCUGGACCUGCCAACAGCUUCUGCAUUCUGGACUGCGUUUUCCAGGAGGGCAAGAACACGUACUAUGUGAUGGAUCUGAUGUGCUGGAGAGGCAUGUCAUUCUACGACUGCGCUGCUGAGUUCCGCCUUUUCUGGGUGCAGCAGAAGCUGGCAGAGACAGAAGGAGUGCUGGAUGCAGCCUGCAAUGAGGGAUACAGGUUCUCGUCGGUGCCCAGUUGCUGGUGCUCUCCAUCUGGCUUCAGUGCUGCAGUACGCUGUGAGGUGCCCUUUGUGCAGGAUGGGUUGUACCUACUGCAUAUGGAUGGCUACUACAUGCCUGGACAGUCACCUCUGGCUCUCUUGUGGAAGGAUGCAUCAUGCAGCAGAUACUUCUUGGAUACUGAUGGAGAGGGCAAUGUUGGGGAGUUUCAGCAAGUCACCCUUGUGUAUCAAGGGGAUGGCUCACUUGCAACUGGAGACACCCCCCCUGUCGCCCUGGGCAGAUUGCCUGAAGACUUGCAGUCGAGUCUCAGACACAAAUUGAAGGCUGGGAAGCUGUUGAGGUGCACGAUCCGGGAGCAGGGAAUCCGGACUGAGUACGGGCAGCCCCUCAGUGCAGACUUGCGAUUUGAAGAGUUCGCAAACCAGCGUAGGGGGCAUGCAGAUACUGUGGGCAAGGUGUUGUUUCAACACAAUGCCAGGAAGGGCCUCAUCAGCCAUGACACUGUCGUUGCAGAGCUGCAAGAACAGCAAAGACAGACAAGUGCAUAUGACUCAUCAACCAAGGCAAUGCAAGAAACAGAACACUUGCAGGGCUGUUGA